AUGAGCGAGACUCUCAUCACAACCUUGUCUAUGGAGAAUUAUCACCCGUCGACACUUUUGUCCAUGGAUUCAGGUGCUUUUACUCACGAGGAAUCAGAGAGGGAGACAAACCGGUCGCUCAUACUUUCGGGACCGCCUGAUAUCAAUCUCCCACUCUCAUCCGAAUCAAGCCCAUCUCUUCUUCUGUGGAACGAGCACUGUGACAUCUUAGACGUUGGACUCGGGCCUCAGCUAUAUGAGCCUGAGGCUGUUGUUCAUGUGCAUAAGGUUGCCAAGAAGUACAACAAGCGUGUUGAUAGUACAUGGGGCGCUUGGCUUUUCUUUAGUUUCUACUUCAAGCCUGUUUUGGAUGACAAGUCCAAAAACAAGUUGAUGAGGGACAGCAAUGGCUUGUCCGGGUAUGAUAAAUCUGACUUGCAGCUUGACUCCUUCUUGGUUCAGCAUGAUAUGGAGAAUAUGUACAUGUGGGUGUUCAAGGAAAAGCCUGAGAAUGCUCUUGGCAAGAUGCAGCUAAGGAGUUACAUGAACGGGCACUCACGUGAGGGUGAGCGUCCUUUCCCUUUCAGUGUGGAGAAAGGCUUUGUCCGCUCUCAUAGGAUGCAGAGGAAACAUUACCGUGGUCUCUCUAACCCACAGUGCCUCCAUGGGAUCGAAGUUGUUCAAGCACCCAACCUCUCUGUACUUAACGAUGAUGAAAAGAAGAAGUGGACGGAACUCACUGGUCGUGAUGUGAACUUUGCUAUUCCGCCAGAGGCAAGUGAUUAUGGUUCAUGGAGGAAUCUCCCAACCGCGGAAUUUGAGUCUGAGCGGCCUCUUACUCAGGCGAAAGCUAACGGGCACACCAACCUUAAAAAGCUGAACGGAACAUGUCUGAAUCUGUCUACACAUUCACCGGAGCACGUAGUUGACCCAGUGGAAGCUCAGCUAGCUGGUAACGGUAAACGCAAAAGGGAUUGUCUCGCUCUAGGAAACUGCGAUGACUCUAGCUCAAGUGAGAAAUCUCUGGACAUGAAGAUCAACGCAACAGAGCUGCCAUGGUCGAAUGAUUUCACCGGGGUGAUGAAGAAUGUGUAUGGACCAGUGACAGCCGCGAAAACGAUAUAUGAAGAUGACAAAGGGUUUUUGAUUGUGAUGAGCCUGCCGUUGGUUGAUCCGGGAAGGGUGAAAGUGACAUGGAGGAAUACACCAACACAUGGAAUUGUGAAGAUAUCGUGUACAAGUACAGCAUGUGAGCCAUUCAUCAAGAGACAUGAUAGGACUUUUAAGCUAACAGAUCCGUCACCAGAGCAUUGCCCACCAGGGGAGUUCGUCCGGGAAGUCUCCCUGCCAAACCAGAUUCCAGACGACGCCAAGCUCGAAGCUUACCGGGACGAAACCGGAACUACACUAGAGGUUUUAGUGCCUAAACACCGAAUGGGACCAGAGGAGCAUGAGGUUCGCGUCUGUCUCCGUCCGUUCGUACUAGAGUGA